GGCCAACGAUCCAUUCCGGCAAUACCACUCCCUCGUCCGAGUAUCACGCUCUUCUACUAACCGUUGUACAGCCACUUAAUGGAGCGCUUUCAAGUGUCUGGAGUCGGGAUAUCCACGGUGUUUGCGUUGUUGCUAUGUUUUCUCUUGGCUACGCUUAGUGCUGUCGCGGCCAGUAUCGCCGAGCCGCAGAAGCAGGGUCCGCCUUUUGUACUCUUCGGAAAUGUCACAUUGGAUAGGAACUUUUCCCCACGACCCCAACAUGUUCAUCUUCGAGUCGACAUCGAAGGCCAGGUUCGCGAUUACCGAGUUGUCUACACAUGACGUUCUUCAAUGCGAGAACUUGACGUUCGUUUUUACAGAGAUGGAGCUGGUCGCUGGAAAUGAACAAAACGAGCUCAUACGCCUUCAAAUAUGGCGGUUGUCAAUCUCCGUCAAAGCGAGGCACAAUGACAGUCCGCAUUCCACGCGGAGGCCAAUCAACACAUGUUAUCAGCCAUUCCUUCACAGUCUUGGGGGUACAACGGCUGGAUGUUGACGAGAGAGACAUUGACCCGGACUACGAAACGCCUCUGACAACAAUUUGUAAGGCCAAUAAUUUUCUGAUAUUGAUACCACGGCGAUCUGUACUAACCAAAUGCACACAGCGUUGCCAGAGACUAGUGAGCUGGUGCUUUUGUUCAAUGUUCCUGCUGCUCUCCCUGUGUGCGCUGGAGAAGACCUAGCGGAAAGCAACUGGCCAAUGAGUAAAGUCCAAGGUAUGUACAAAGGCAGGAAUUGGAUUUGCUAAAGCACUGUCAACGUUCUCACAUGAUUUUUUUCCCCAGGUCCCCAGUGUUCAGUGCAAUCCAUAAUUUCCAGCCUUAUAUUGACUGAUCAUUUGACCUGCGAAUUGAGAGAAGAUUCUAAAAGUGGAGCUCUCAAAUCGCUUCUAAGUACUGCUGCAGGCGUCCUGAUGUGCUUCUACCUCUUGCUCAGAAUAGUCUACACGGGAGUCGAUAAAGUGGUUCAGGCAACAACCUCUCUGCAGUACAGCUUGGAGGUUGGCUUUAAAUGGAUAACUGCAGCCGUUCAGGCAUGGCAGGAUGCACAGGCGAGGCUACUUUAUUCUGAGAUGCCACAGGGUGCAUGCUUCUACUACCUCUGCGCCCCACUGAGUAACUGCAUCGUUGAGACCAAGGCGUUGUGGAAUCGGGAUCCCAAUGGCCGGCUUGUGAGGCCGCCUUAGUGAUCUAGGAUGGGCCAUUAUCCAGUGAUACCAUUGUUGUUGGGCGUGACCCUCAUGCUGGAAUCUCUCCUUGCCAUGCCAUUCUGUGACACUGGCAAACAC